CCCAUUUCUUGACACAUGGCGGGAAAUAUCUAAACUGCUUACCAGACAAUUCUAACGAUGCGAUGGACUUGAUUCAUCAAUUUAAGGAAGAAUUUACUAAAGGUAUUCGCAAAUUUGUCUACGAUUAUGAAAAACAAGAGUUUGAUCACCUUGUUUUACGGAAUUGCAACGGCACUGGGCCAUGGUCUUUCAGCGACUCAACAAUCGAAUAUGUGAAAGGAAAAACAUUUCCUGUACAUGUGUGGCUUAGAAGUUUUUACUUGGAUCUUGCCCGCAAAUUGAUGAUUCCAGAGAGCAUAUAUACAACAGAGGAGAAAAAAUUGUUCAAGUGCUUCAUCGAAGCCAAUAAAAAUCAACAGUGUCUUGCACAGUUAAUUGAAACAGAAGGCACAAUUAAAGAAGAAAAUGUCAAGUGCCUACUAGCCAUGCACUACUUCAAACCAUUGACUCUUAAUGGUGAAUAUGUUGUAAACAGCUGCAAUGGAUAUGAAAAAUGUGAACUGUGCAAUGAGCCAGUCAAAGCAGAUCAAACAUUAACCUCCUUUGGCAAUAGUUUAGUAUGGCAUGGUCAAGCUGAUAUAGUUGUAGCAAAAAGUGUUGUUCAAAUUGAGCUAGAAGAAGCGCUCCAUAGCCUGAGUCUGAUAGAAGAUGAAGAGGAGGAAGGUGUUGAAGAUUGUAGAUAUUCAAGAAUGGACGAGGAAUCUAAAGAUGGUGCUAAAAUGCUAUCACAAGCCAUUGCACAAGCAAUUGUAAAUGCCUUUUGUGUAUCGAAUAGAAAUGAGUCAUUGUUUGACAAAUUCAUUCCCUCAUUCUUGGCGACAGAAAAAAAUAUCAGAAUAAUUCUGUAUAACUGUAAAUUUGAUAAACUUCUUUUAAGUACUGAAUUUCCAAUUUGGGAUGGCAAUCAAUUGAACACCAAAACAAUGAUGCAAGUGUGGGUCACAAUAAACUAUGCAGGGGAUAUGAGUAAUCUCCCCUGUGUCUUGGAAAGAACACAGGAAUCUAAGUUCAAAGAGGUCGUUGGAGAAGCUUAUGGAAUAUACUUGAAAUAUGUGACUAGGCCAACUACCAUAUUAGAGCCUACAGAUUCAGAACAUUUGGAAUUAGAAAAAAAAGACCUUAAAUUAAUAAUAGACACUGAUUUGGAAUUUUUUAAGCUGUAUGAAACCUUGUCAGAAUCUGGAUCCUGAUAUUUGUGUCUAUUUGAAAUAAAUAUUCA